UAAAAAAACGUUAAAAGUGAUAAUGACAACAGGAUUAAUUUUAUGUUUUUUUGGAUUAUUGUUUUUGGAUAGUAAUGUUGUGGCACUCAGCGAAGAAAUGCAGGAGUUGGCGGAUAUGCUGCAUGCAACAUGUGUAGAAGAGACAGGCACUAAAGAUGAUGACAUUUUAAAUGCAAGAAAGGGUGUUUUUGCUGAUAAAGAGGAGUUUAAAUGUUAUAUAAAGUGUUUAAUGGCACAAAUGGCUUGUAUAGAAGACGAUGGCAUCAUUGAUGAAGAAGCUACUAUAGCAGUUUUACCGGAAGAGUAUCGAGAUAAAGCAGCGCCAGUAAUUAGAAAAUGCGGAACCAAAAAAGGUAGUUCUCCGUGUGAAAAUGCUUGGUUGACUCAUCAGUGCUACUACACCGAAGCUCCAGAUGUAAGUAACUAUAGUACUCAUUUUAUUUACCAUUUUUUUGUACUUUAUCUAAAAAUAUUCAUACAAUUACGAUGUUUAUAA